CCCGUGUUCGAUUGCAAAAAUGCAUCUCUCCAGCGAUGUCUCGAAUGCGCUCAAGCAAAUCGAAAUCAUCAAGCAGACGGUCGAGGAGAUGGAACCGAACAAGCUGCAGUUGAAUGUCAGCGACGACCUGAAGCUGGUGAUCGAUCUGCUGCAGGAUCCCGUCUUUCGGAACAUCGUUCAAAUCCAGGACUCGCUGUCCGAGCUGAACCACCAGAUAACGCAGCACCCGUCGAUACUGCCGGGGGACUUCGAUAUCGCGAACAGUGGCGAGCUGGUGCUGAAUGUGCCGCCCGGGACGGACCUAUUCGAUGCAGACUACCAGGAUGAGCAGCGUGUUCCCUCGGCACAGAUGUCACCGGGAAGCCCUGGCCCGGGCAUGCUGGUGGUCACACAGCCGAAGCUUAAUCAGCUGCUUGAUCCGCACGGUCAACUGCUCGGCGUGGGCCAGGUACCGAUGGUGGCUUUGCAGCAACAAAUAGCCCCUCAGCCCUUGGAUGCGCAGCAGUUGUUGAACGGGUCGAUGAAGAUAAACAAUGAUCCUUCUUUGUUGUUUGAGGUAACGAACAUUUUGCAGGACCAUCACAAAAAUCUCCCCGAAGCUGAACAGCACCAGCAUCCACUGGGUGGUCAGUACGGCGCGGAUUCGCCAAAAUCGAUCCCGGAAACCAUCAUUGCCGCUGGUGGUACGGCUGGACCAGCCGAUUGGUCACGUAUCCUGGACAUCGAGCUCGUUAACGAUGGGACCGGACUGGGCUUCGGUAUCAUCGGCGCUCGGACAACGGGUGUCACCGUUAAAACGAUCCUCGCUGGUGGCGUGGCGGAUCGUGACGGUCGGCUGAAGAGUGGCGAUCAGAUCCUGCAGAUUGGUGACGUUAACCUGCACGAGAUGGUUUCCGAGCAGGUCGCAUCCGUACUGCGCCAGUCCGGAACGCACGUACAGCUCGUCGUGGCCCGUCCAAUCGAUUCACUUACUGGCCCGGGAGGAUCGGUCGGUGGUGGCGAUGAGUACGAUCAAUCCGCGAUCGUACCAACGGUGCUGUUGGCGGAUCCACUCAAGCUGAAGCAGUACCUGGCCGAUUCGGGUUUCAGCGAUAUCUACAGCGUGUAUUCGAUCGUAAACUUGGAGAAGGACUUGGAUGAGAAUCCGUUCGGCGAGGAUAGCCCGCUAGCCGAUUUCCCCGAGACGGAGGUGUUUACGGUGGAGCUGCGUAAAGACCAGAACGGACUGGGCAUCACGAUCGCAGGGUACGUUUGUGAGAAGGAGGAGCUUUCCGGCAUCUUCGUGAAGAGUGUGUCCCCGGGCAGUGCGGCGGAUCUGAGCGGCAAGAUCGCGGUGAACGAUCGCAUCAUCGAAGUGGACGGUCAAUCGCUGCACGGCUUCUCCAACCAUCAGGCCGUUGAUGUCCUAAAACAAAGUGGUCACGUAGUGAAGCUGUGCCUGGAGCGGUACCUUCGCGGACCGAAGUACGACCAGCUACAGCAGGCGAUCGCGGCGAACGAGAUGAAACCACCGACACCGGCUACACCUCCACCACCGCUUGGGCCAACGGAUCUGUCCAAGUACGGCAGUAACAUCCUCGACAUUCUGCCACGUGGACUCACCGAAAAGCAUCAGCAGCCUCCACAAGCGCAACAGCGUACCAUUCUCGAGGGCAUGAAAGGGUACGGUGAUGACCCGGACGAUAGCGGUCACCAACCACCCCUCGGCGGCGAUGCUGGUUCUGCGGCGGUCGUUAUGGGCCACAAGAAACUGGCACGGGCAAAGGACUCCAUCGAUAGCCAGCAAGAGUACCGGGAGAAGAUUAAGGAAGCGUCGAUCGUUCCCCCGUUGCUGCAUGACGUUACGGAAGUUUCCGCCGGCGACGUUUUGCUCGACGCGACUAAUGUGGCCGCAAUUGCUAAGCAUGCCGGUGUGCCGAAACUGCGUAGCUCUCUGAAGGGCGGCAACACAGCGUUGGCGGAGGAGCGCAUCAACGAUGACGACGCCGACGAUGACUCGGCGGAUACGGCAUACAUCGUGAAAAAGUGGACAACCAUCCUGGGACCGGAGGUGCAGAUUAUUGUAGCGAACAUACGUAAAUUUGCGGCCUCCAGUGGACUGGGCAUUUCGCUCGAAGGCACAGUGGACGUGGAAGGUGGAAAGGAAGUCCGACCGCAUCACUACAUCCGCUCGAUACUGCCAGAGGGCCCAGUUGGGCAGAACGGUCUGCUUCGAUCCGGCGAUGAGCUUCUAGAGGUCAACGGACAGCGACUGCUCGGUAUGAACCACCUCAAGGUGGUAUCAAUUCUGAAGGAACUACCGCAGGACGUGUGUAUGGUGUGUGCGCGCGGUGAUCCAGAUCUGCUGCGGUUCACAGAGGAGCAGCUCAUCAGCUCGCUUGAGGCGGACGCGGCCAAGCGGAGCAAUAGUACCGCAAGCCACCAGCACCAUCACCAUCACCAUCAUCAGCAGCUGCACGGUGGCAGUCUGACGCCGUCGGAGCGCCUGGUCAAGGCCAAAUCGGAUGGCAGUCUGGCCACAACCAACGGGGCCGGUGUUGGCGUGGGAGGCGUCGGUGACGGGUUCUCGAAGAUCAAAUCACGCAGCCUUGAACCACUGACGGGGCUGGCAAUGUGGAGUUCCGAGCCGCAGAUUAUCGAGCUGGUCAAAGGCGAACGAGGCCUCGGGUUCUCCAUCCUAGACUAUCAGGAUCCGCUCGAUCCGAACGACACGCUGAUCGUGAUCCGCUCGCUGGUACCGGGUGGUGUUGCGCAGCUCGAUGGGCGGCUCAUUCCCGGCGACCGGCUGCUAUUCGUGAACGACACGAUCCUCGAAAACGCAUCGCUCGAUCAGGCCGUGCAGGCGCUCAAGGGUGCCCCUAAGGGUGUGGUGCGCAUCGGCGUCGCCAAGCCGCUGCCCAUGCAGGACUCGUCCCUCGUCGGUGCCGCUGCUCCGUUCGAUGAACGCUCGGCCGUACUCUCCACCGGCGGCCCACCACCGGAAGUGACCGGAUCGGCCAGUGGUAACACCGGCAGCGGUAAGAUGUUAUCGCUCGCGAAACCGGACAUAAUAAUGGAAUGAGGAUGUUUAGUCAUAAGCAGAAAUGAAUAUGAGCGCUUUGCGGACCUAUACCGCCGCCUGGACGCCCUGCUGGAGUUGAUCGACGGUGCGGCCAACGCCGAGCGGUUUGUCGUUUAAAUUCGAUCGAUCUAACGCCCACCUCCAACCACCCUCCCAAGCGAAACAGCGCCGAAAACAAAAACAAAAAAGCAAAAUGCCAGCUAACGUUUCAAUCGCGGUACGUGCGUUCCGAUUCGGUUCAUUAUGGAAAUGAUUUAAAUUUCAGUUCUGCUUUAUAUAUUAUAUUAUAUCCCACGAUUUUCCUCACGCGUUUGCGAACGCAUUUUGUUUUCUGCCCGAGAACUACCCUUCCCGGAUGCAAUUUCUCUGUUGUCUGAAUGCACCCGCUCCCGGAUGUCGUUGAUCGGGCGACUUCCUAUGUCUUCCAACGCAGUAUUUUUACAUUCCCUCCUUUUAUUGACAAGUAAAUGAUUACCUUUUUAUGAUUAAAUUUUUGAUUUUUUUUAAGACAAGUUUACUUUACCGUACAUUCCUCAUCGGUCACUCAUCUUGAGUUUAAGUUUAUUCCACCCGCUCUCAGUGGGGGGAACCACGUGUUACUCGAGACUGCAGCCGCAGAAUCGUCUAUUUUUCAUUCCACAUUCUACGACGGAAACGUUCCAGUAUUAUCUUUGCACCUCCACUAUAUCACCACGCUGUCCAUCAUCUAUCGCUUGCACCAUCUGCACCAGGUGUAUUUCCGGGUUUGCUGGAAGUUGCUUGAAAAUCGAGUCACCAAACCGGUAACACCACUCAAAAUGUUAGUGAAAAUCAACACACAGAAAAAACAAUUACACAUAAUCAUAGAAUUAUAACACUCGAAAACAACUUACGUCAGGCACUACACGAUUUCUACAAGUUGCACAGGAAAGCAUGUAGCUUAAAAAAGUAUAGGAAAAAAGGGAAGAGCCCUUAGCACUUGCAAUAUUCAACCCAUUAUAGCAUGCACGAAUCUCUAUCUCGUAUAUGAUUGUAGUUGCACCUUGCACCGGAAAAUGGUAUAUCAUAAUUUUUCCCAUUACUACUCAUUUCUUUUACUUUUGUUGAGGACCGGAGUUUAGGGAAAAAAAUGGGUCGAAUCACAAUUUAUCAAAGUCGAUGAAACUACUUAUAGUUGAUUUGUUGUUCUACUUAUUUACACCGUAGAAGAAUUUCUAGUAAAAUAAUUGCUUUUGCAAAUCGGCUAGUUAAUGCUAUUGUUUGAAAUGAUUUACAAUUUACGUUAUAAGUAAAAAUUACCGAUCCUUAUAUUGCAAAUUCAAAGCAGUAUGAUUGGACGCGCUAUAAAAAUAGAAAGAGAAAAAACGAAACACACUUCACUAGACACACCUGUUUAAAAACAAAUGAAACACGUUCUAUAUGCACCUUCAUCUCUGGAAAAAUACGAAAAAACUGUAUUACAUACAUACGUUCACACUCGUCGCUCACAUUAAUAUUAUGCACUCAUUAAAG